GCAGCACAGCGGCAACUUCUUUAAACCGAUAGAAGUGUGAGAACACACUUGUAACGGGCGGAGGACAGAGCGAUGGCUGCACCGCUGUGUGCGCAACCACAAAGCUGAUCUCUAUUGUCAGGAAUGCGCGAGACGGCGGAGGUGCAAACGCACAGCACAGUCCGCACAGCAGCGCACAGCACCGCACCCGUGAACCGCUGCUCCUGCGAGAACCAAGGCGGGGUGAAUGAGACACGACCCUGUAGUUAGUUCCCCCUACCUUCGUCUUUCAUUUUCCUCCAGACUGGACUUAUUUCGGAAAAGCAAAACCAUAGAGAACAGAGUGAAGAAACCGGAUUACUCGGAGGGAACUCGGGCGAUCUCACCAUGAAGAAGAACAAUUCGGCGAAGCGGGUACGAGCCCCGAAACACUGGCCGCUAUUGUCACUGUGGCUUUAACUAACACGCGUCUUUGUGUUUUUAACACUUCGUCUUUGGAUACAUUUUUAAAACAUAAACACACACACACACGUUCUAAGGCUCGAUCGGUCCGAUCAUGCGCCAUUGUAGCGUCUAUUGUUAUUUCUUGUGGUUUGUAUGGGCUGCUGGACUCCAUCAUUAAUACCCAUCUGUUAUUGCAGAACUGACGUUUUCCAUCCACGUUGCUUUUUUCCCCCAUUUUUUUCACUUGCACGUUUCUUGUUGUUGUUCUAUGCGUGUAUAGUGGACUGCAUAAAGUCAAGAGCCUUUGUCUUCUUAUACUGAUCGCUUGUGGAAAGUUCACCAUCGACUCAAGCUCGCAGUUGGUGUUGCACAAAGAAUGGGACGAUCUCCAUGACAAAGGCAAUGGCUUUGCAGGACUCCAGCCAGCAGCCUGCUCAACCUGACAAAGUGGGAUGGAUACGGAAAUACUGUGGCAAAGGCCUUUUCAGGGAGAUCUGGAAAAACAGAUAUGUGGUACUGAAAGGAGACAAGCUGUACAUCUCCGAGAAAGAGGUGAAGGAUGAGAAGAAAAUUCAGGAGGUGGUAGAUCUUACAGACUAUGAGAGGUCUGAGGAGCUUCGUAAGGCCAAAAGUCGGACCAAGAAAAAUCACAGCAAGUUUACGCUGCUGUGUACACACCAACCAGGCAAUACGGUUCCAAAUCUGGUCUUCCUGGCUGUCAGUCCAGAGGAAAAAGAGUCAUGGAUCAAUGCCUUAAACAUAGCUAUCACCAGGGGGAAGAACCGAGUUCUGGACGAGAACCGACUUGCUACUUGCACUGCUCAUACACUCAUCAGGAGAGGAAAGGAUGGAGAGGAUGGAUUCAACACACAAAGCCAGGUUACUGUGGAAGGUGAAAGCUGUUUGGUUCAUCCUACGCGAGACCGAGUUAAAAUCCCACACACACGCCGACUUCCCACCCGUGGGCACCUUUUGGCUGUGGCCUCAACAUCAACAUCAGAUGGUAUGUUGACCCUUGACCUUAUUCAGGAAGAAGAUACGCCAUCUUUAGUGAACCAGAACAAAUCUGCAAACUCCAGUGUGGACACCUGUAAACUUGUGCCUGAUUGUGAGGCUCCAGUUAAAUCUCAGAGUCUGCCACGCAAAUGUGAGAAUUCUUGGACCUGGUGCGAGAGCCAAGCACAAACGCCCAAGGCUGGAAAGAAGUUCCAAACCACGGACAAGAACCGAUGCGCCUCCAUGGAUGAGAUUCUCUCAGCCACUAAGAGAUCAAUCCCACGCUGCUCAGUCUCAGCCCCCGCACACUCCGUCUGCCAGCUACAGGAGCUCAUCUCGUUAAAACUGGAGCGAACUCAGGAGCUGCUGAGUGAGGCAAGGGGUCACAGCCAGGGUCAUGGUGCAAAUUCUACCCCUGGCAAGGAGGCAGAACGCCUGCUGGAGGAGGCGGCGAAUGCCUGGGGACAGGCCAGAGACGUGCUGGAGGAGGUAAAGGAGAUCCGUGUGCUGUGCAAGCAGCUGGAGGGGGUCUCCAGCUCCAGUGACAAGCUAAAGAGCCCACAACAAAAUCAAUACAGGAAGAGCAUGAUGUAAAAAUGUGGACAAGGUGAUGCUAUAAAGCCUGGUAAUGCAGCUAAUGGACAUAAAAAUAAAUACAAAUUGGACCAUGAGACUGAUCAAUAUUCGAUUUCGACAGAAAUGCCUCUAGUUUGUUAGGCUACACACAUUCACCAUUGUCCCAGCUUGUCAGAAACUUUGCGAGUCUUCUUGAAUGUCAGAGUGUUUAAAGACACAUUCACUCUACUUUCUUCUGCUACCUACCACAAUGGUUUUUCUAUUACAGAACCUUUUAAAAUGGAACAUCUGGAGUCAUGACACUUAUAGCACAUAACAGAAAUCACUGAAGACCUUAUUUAUUUUGCAGUAAUGGAUUGUUUUGAUGCCACAUGCCUGAAUUUUGUAAAUUUUCUCAGAGGUCUUUCACAACCAAUUUCUUACUAAUUGACAUUACAUGACAGCAUGUAUGUAAAUGUUUUACUAGUAUAUGCAGACUUGGGUCCCUCAUACUAUGUAGAAAAUUCUGUCCAAAGCCAGAAUCAAAACAUAAUGCCAUAAUCUAGUCAUAUAUGAAGUUACAGAAAGUGCAUGUUGUAGCCAUUGAAAUAUUCUGUCUACUUUACAAAAUACUGAUUUGUUCCUCUUCUCAGUAGCAGAAUGGAGCCAUUAAUAUAUAUUUACUGGCCACUUUCUUAGGGACACAUUAAUACCUGCUCAGCCUAUGACAUGGCUACAGUGAAUGCAUACAAUUUUGCAAAUGCAGAUGUGCACAUCAAUUAUUAGAAUGGGAAGAAAUAUGACCUCAGUUACUUGGAUUGUGGUAUAGUUGAAACCGCUGAUGUCGUGAGGGUUUCAUACAACAUAAAAGUGUUUACACGGAAUAAUGCAAAAAACAAAACUCAUCCAGUGUUUGGUGAUUCUGGGAUUAGGUACCUUAUUGACCAACAAGGUCAGAGAAGAAUAGUGGUGAAUUGUGGUGAGCAGAAAAACAUUUCAGAAUGCAUAGCAUAAUAAGAUGGAUGAGUAAAAACAGAAGAUGGCUACUGAGCUUACAGUGAGCACAGGCUCAUUGAAACUAGACAGCUGAAGACUUUCUAGUUUCUGUAAGCCUGUGCACACUGUAUGCUCUGUUUCUUGUUCUUGUUAACAGAUGUUGUGACCCAACUCAAAGACUGUUGUGUGUAAAAAUAACUAAAGUUCUGAAGUACUCAACUCAGAUGGUUUGGCAACAACAACUGAAAUUACAUGAUUGCAUAAAUGAGCAGGGGUACAGAUGUUUUUUUUAAGUGGCCAGUGAGUGUAUGUCGGUUCAAAAUAUAAGGGUCAGGCAGACAGAAAUCUGCUGUUGCUUUGUUGUUUUGUUUUUUUGCUACACUCAAAACCAAUAUAGAAUAUUUAAGGGUAUUUUAGAGUGUAAGCUCUGCUGUCAGGGAGCCCUUUAUGAAGCAGAUUAAUACAGAGGUGAAAAGCAUACUCUCUACUGAGAAAAUCACAGGCAUCACCAACCUGCCCCAAUGUGAAUGUUUUAUUUUUCUAACUAAUACACUGGAACAGCUCUGGUUCAUUAAGGAUGAAAGUCUCCAAGGCUCAGGACAUUAUGUGGCUGGGAGAGUCUUUGCUGCUUCUCUAACGUUUUCCUAAUAAUGCUCAGCACACAUGGUCCAGUAUAUACAUACAGGACAUCAGACAUUUACACAGACUGAUUCAGAUACAGCCAAUAGCAGCGGCAGCCAUUGUGAAAAGGCUUGCUGCGAUCGUGCAACAGAAAGCUGAUGCUGAAUUUUAUAAUGUUUGCUGAUGUGUACUUUCAAAGCAGGUGGACUCAAAAUAGCCAUGUGUAGAUAUAUAAUCAGAAAUGCAGAUCAAAUCUGGUGCCAGUGUUGCUGUAGGUUUAGGAGGGAGGAAGAGACAGAACUGCCAUUAGAUCAGAGAUUAAAUUUUUGGACGCUUGAAAGCUUAAAGGAAAUGGAUAAUUAUCACAAAUUUGCACUAUUGAAUGCUGUAAAACUGAAGUGUACCUGGCAAGCUGACUUUUUUAUCCUAAGGCACUGAGCAGACAAUCUCACAGUAGCUAGCUCAUAAUCACUUACCAAAAAUGUUGGUACAAGGAUUAAAAAAAGAUGCUGCCUAAGUGUACUUUCCAAGGGCACAUGCAAUUUGCAUGUCAGUUUAAUUGAAAAGAUUUUUGUGCUUUCCAUGAACUAAAUUUCACCUUCAAGUUGCCUGAACCAUUAAGAGGUGAGAUGGCGUAGUACAGAGGCCUUUCACAUUGCACCUAAUUUGCUUAAGUGAAUCUCUGCAGAUAGAAAACUAUGCAAAAUUGCAUACAAGCUUGAAAUCAACAGUCGUCAAGACUUAACUGGUGAUGUAAAGUGGGGUACUGUAACAGACCAAAGGGUAUGUGCUGCCAGUAUCGAACAUUUUGUUUUACAGUUAGUAGCUAAUUAAUGUGUUUGCACAAUUAUGUAGAUAUGAUUGAAAUAUUUUCUGUUAUUUAGACCUGAUUACAAACAGUGUUAUUUUUUGUACAAUUUAUUUUAAAAAGCAUUUUUUUGUAGAGUCAGUAAAGAUUCUGAAAAGGUCCCCCCCUACAAAAUGAUCAACUCGUGUAAUGCUUACCUGGACAAAACACUCAAAUCACAUUGAUUGCAUCUAAGGCACUAUGGUGUGUUGUGGAAAAGCUUUUAGCAUUUAAAAAUGUAACAAAGCACAGUAUGUUUUUAUGGCUCCCACUGCUUUUUUAUGUCUUUGUAAUAGAUACAGAUAUAAUCCAAUUCCCUUUCUGCAUGCAAUGUUCAUGCUGCAGUAAUGGCUGUGUCUAAUACAUUUGAACAUGUAACAACAGUGGAAUGACAACAGUGUAUCCACUAGAUUAUGAUUACAAUCUAAUUUCACACAUUAUUGUAUUUGACUGUAAACAAAAUUGACCACAGAUGAUAAUUAUUUUACAUUAAACAGGUUGUAGACAUGACAAGGCCACAGAUGAAUAACUUUUAUGUUUAUAGUAAUAAUGCUAUUAUCCCUUAUUUACUUUCCUAAUAACACUGCAAAAAAAGCAGGAAAAAAUUUCUGAAGAAAAUCUGAUAUUUUUUAUUGCAUUACAGUCGACCAAAUCAAUGCUUAUUAAACCUAUUUCUAGACAUGUUUAUAUUUGUUUUUAGCUUAAAAUGUGCUUGUUUGAUUGGCAGAUAUUUGAUUUAUAAUAAUUUCAUAAUCAAUAUCAAAUUGCAAUAUCACUAAGACUUUAUUAUAAAGUGUGACCACACAAAGUUUUUCUUUAAAAAAAAAAAUCCUUCCUGUAAGCCAUAUAAUCAACAAAUUGUAACAACUGCUAGUGCUUUUUGGAAUACUUUAUUUUUAUUUCAUUUUUAUUGCAGAAUUAAUGAGUGAAUGUCUCUGGACUAACUGUCAUGUCUGUGGUCCCAGGAGAGGCAGUAACAAGUUACAGCUCAACUCUAGCUCUGUUUUCUUUUUAAAUUUAUAUGUCCUAGAAUAAAUCUUAAGAUGGUUAUGUUUUUUGUUUGUUUGUUUUACUGUGCUUGUAGAGCAGUGAAUGUUGAUACAGGGGUUGUGAAUAUUGACCAUGUUUAUUCUCUGGACUAGCUCUGAUUCUCUGGUUGAUGUCAGACCGUUGCUGAGAUGCCAUGCAGUCAUUGACUGCUGGAAAUACCUCAGAAAUGCAUCUAUGUACCUCGAACACCUUAAUCAUUUCAGAUAAUUUGCUUAGUGUUUUUAUUUUUUAAGUUGAUGGCGUGUUCCCUUAAGUCCCUUAUCUUUGUGCGUCAGGUAUAGCAUAGCUGGAUACAGUUACCUGUGAAUAUAUAAUUGUAGGUGUUGGACUUAAUUUUUUUAUGCUUAGGAUUGGUGAAUCUCUGACAUACUUGAGACAGACCACUUGUGCAAUUAAAAACCAUUCUAACUUCAUAACUACAUUAAAUUCUGAGUAAAUGUCUGUUUUUUCCUCCCAUUGAUAGCAAUAGGACAAUAUUCUGCAUUCACAGAAAAAAGGUUCUCUUGAAUAGUUGUCUUUCUAAGCUCCCGUAAAUGUAAAAUGACCUUUAAUUAUUCUUUUGAUUUUUUUUUUUCUAAGAGUGCAGAUCUAUGCCAAAGACAUUUUCAUUUUCAAGGCAGGUAUAUGCAUAAUUUAUAACGUUUAUGGUUUAGCUCUAGCACAGUGUAAAAUGGCCAAAUACAUUAUUUUGGUUAGGUGCUAUAUGAAUACACAGGGUCUUAAAUAUACUGAAGGAAUUUAUUUUUUACUGCUUCCCUUUUUCUCUUUAAAAUGAUGAGUAAUGGUUAAACAAAAGACAUCCUGUUGCAUUUCACUGUUGCACAGUAAAUAAAAAAGGAACUGCUUGCCAUUGAACAAGGUUUCCUUAUGACAAAAUGAAUCUGUACACAUUGUUUGGUGAAGGCCUUUCACAAAAAUCCACACUUUAUAAAUCUGAUCUUUAGAUAUUUGUUUGAAAUAAAAGAAUUAAUGAAAUGUA